AUGAUCCCUCAACCAGAACAGUCCGGAUUCCAGAUUCUGUUGAAUGGACGCAUGAAUCGGAUGCACUCCUUCAGCCUGCAAAAUUGCUGGAAAGUGGUUCAAACGUUCUGCGAAAACGAAGAUAUUUGGGGUGAAUUCUAUCUCUUCGAAAAGGUGCAAAUGCUCAUAAUCUAUUUCUCAAAUAUUCUUGCUGGAGAUGUUUGA